AUGUGGACUCCACUUUCUGAUCCGCACAGCCGUGAUUCGGAUGGAGACUUCUCGCUAAACGGAAAGGGCCUUGCCUCCGUCACGGACGAGACCCUGGUAAGCCUUCUUAAGUCUGCUCCUGCGCUGCACGAGCUUGGCGGCACAAAAGUUGUGCGACUCUCGCAGCAUUUGGUGAUGAAAGGUGGCGGUAGUAUCUUACCGUGCGAAGCAGAGAUGCUCAAGCUCAUUGCCUCUAAAACGAACAUUCGAGCUCCACGAAUCCAUCGCUCAUUUCAAGUCGAAGACGAGACAAAGUACUUUGGCACUAAGGAAUACAUUGUGAUGGAUUUUAUCCGAGGCCAACCUCUUGAUAAAUGUUGGACCGACCUAUCCUCCGACAAUCAAAGGCUAAUCGCUAUGCAGAUAGCGGACAUGAUCAAGGAGAUGCAGUCGGUGGUAAUCUCGCAACCUGGUCCCCUGGGUGGCGGGCCAUUUCGUGGCCGAUUCUUCACAGAUUAUAGCGCUGGCCCAUUCAAGGACUGUGCUGAACUUCAAAACUGGUUCAACCACAAACUUGAUAUCUGGCAGGAUAUAUCCAUGAAGGCAUAUCGUAAAACAGACUACAUACGCAACACUUAUAGAGUCCGACCCACUUUGCGGAUCGUUUCCCGAUUCGUAAUUUAUUUAUGCCUUACAACCUCAGGCACCAGUCCCACAUCACCUGACCCAACCGAAGCGAAGCCAAGCCCUGCCGCACACAAACCAUCCACAUCCGAAGGUCGACCACUUCAUCCGUCCAUCCAACAAGCUCGCCGUCGCGAUCAACCCUUCAAGAUGCCGAGCAACAAGACCUUCCGCACCAAGCAAAAGCUUGCCAAAGCUCAGCGUCAGAACCGCCCCAUCCCCCAGUGGAUCCGUCUGCGCACCAACAACACCAUCAGAUACAACGCCAAGCGUCGCCACUGGCGUAAGUCAACCCUGAAGGUCUAA